CUUCCCGGGCAUGGUGGGCGCAGGGCUGCCUCUGCCUACCCCUCUGCUGGGUGGGGAGUCCCUUGCGGCUUCCUCCUUGGACGGGACCCGCGAGGAGGAGGAAGGGGGCUGAGAAUGGCCGUGCUUGCGGUUGUGAGGGCGGGUGGCCCCCUCUUCGAGGCGAUGCGCGACUUGAGUGUUUGCAGUUAGUCGCGACUAAGCACCAUUGACAUGAUCUGUGAGAGAGGUUAGUCAGGAUUAACGCCUGGCUGACUUAAAAGCCCGAUUCACACGGCAUGUGAACGUGACAGUCCGCAUCCGGCGGCCAGUGAUGGGGAUGCGGGUUUAAGCCCGAUUCACGUGGCUAUCACGGGUUUCUUCCUUCAUCUGGAACAGCAUUCUUGAGUAAGAAGGACAAUGUCGUGGAUAAGAGAAGGAGACCUGUCCAUUUUGGAAAGAUUCUGCGCCAGUGUGAUAAAGGCAGGUCCGAUGCCCAAGCACAUUGCAUUCAUCAUGGAUGGCAAUCGCCGUUAUGCUAAGAAGAAUAAAGUGAAGAAGCUGGAAGGGCAUUCCCAGGGAUUUGCAAAGCUGGCCCAGACGCUGCAGUGGUGCUUGAGCCUGGGGAUCCAGGAGGUCACUGUUUAUGCCUUUAGCAUUGAGAACUUUAAGCGAUCCCAGGAUGAAGUCGAUGGGCUGAUGGAGCUGGCAAGGCAAAAAUUUACCCAUCUCCUGGAAGAAAAGGAUAACUUGAAGAAACACGGGGUAUGUGUUCGAAUCCUUGGGGACUUGACCCUUCUGCCACAAGACAUCCAAGAACUAGUUGCCAGAGUUGAGCUGACAACGAGGCACUACAACACGUGUUUUCUCAACAUCUGUAUUGCAUACACAUCCAGACAAGAGAUCAGCAAUGCAGUGAAAGAGCUGGCUUGGGGAGUUGAGGAAGGGCUGCUUCAACCCAGUGAUGUGUCUGAACCGCUGAUCGACAAGUGCCUCUAUUCGUCCAAAUCUCCUCAUCCAGACAUCCUGAUAAGAACUUCUGGAGAGGUCCGGCUGAGUGAUUUCUUGCUCUGGCAGACGUCCCAUGCAUGCCUGGUGUUUCAGUCUGUGCUCUGGCCAGAGUACUCUUUCUGGAAUUUAUGGGAUGCCAUCCUUCAGUACCAGAUGAACUACAAGGCUUUGCAGAAAGCCAGGGAUGUAUACAUGGAAGAAAGAGAGUGGCAGCAGCUGGAGGCAGACAAGGCAUAUGUGACAGAGAAGCUGAAGCAAAAAGGACUUGCACCCCAUGGAGACCCUCACAAGAGGCGGACACUCCUGCAAGAAUGCAGGGCUAAACGGGAAGAGAGAAUCCAGGGUUUUUUGCAGGCCUUGGACUGCAAGAGAAUGAACUUCCUCGAAAAGUUGAGUACGGUGUCUGCAUGAUGAGAGAGAGAAGCAGGUGGGGUGGGGUGGGGUGGGAGGGAAGAAGAAGGAGUCAUUACCAAUAUCCCAGCUCCGUCCAGAAGGGUUCUCUUGAUGAUGGGAGUGUAUGAAAUGUUCAUGUUCUCAGUAGACACAUAAGAGGCAAAGUCUUGUACAUAUUUGGUUAUUACUCAGCUGUGGUUGGGAGUGUGGUAUCUAAAACCAUGUGUAUGCUCCCUAAGUUAAUAUGAUUGAAAGGUGAUGGAACCAAAGGCACUUGGUGCAGAAUUAGUUAAUAAAGGAUGACAUGGUAUAGGUCUUUGCGAGACCUAUGCAUGCAAUGGAUCUUUCGUUAUAUUUUCCCAGGCAGCAGUUUUCUUGUGGGCAUGACUCGAGAGACUUGUGGUCUUAAAAGGCAGCUUGCAAUUUGGGGCAAGGCGGUUGCAGUCGGGAAAGUCAGAGGCAAAACCCUGUUGGGUGUGCUUAAACGUACGUGUGUGUGUGUGUGUGUGUGUGUGUGUGUGUGUGUCUGGGAGUAAAGCAGUAUCCUAAUGACUUGCUUUUGACUCUUGUGAGUCUGUAUGGCAGGAGCGGCCUGUACAGGCGGAGCAAGGGAGAAGUACACUGGGUGAAUAACCAGCCUGUGGCGGGCAAAACUAGGCAGAGCUAGAGUGGGGAGAGGUGAGGAGCUGCACCUGCUGCUCAUUUACCACCUCCUGCCUGUACGGACCACUCCCGCUGUAUGGCCAGAUACUGUGGGACUGCCACAAUCCCAAGGGCCAGUAUGCUUAUGGAACGCCACAAGAGCAUGCGAUGCCUCUUUUAACUGUUGACAGGGUGGGGAAUGCUCCUUUAGUAUGGUGGGGAACACUUCAGUAUUUGCAUGUGCUGAAGAAUUUUGGGCAGACACUCUGGCCACAGUCCAAAUUGUACUAAUGUAGCAUUCUUAGCUGGAUUUUUAAAAGUGUUUACUUUUGGAUGACACUCAAUUUUUUUUAAAACAAUUGCAAAUUCAGCUAACUGGGUACAGCUGUGAAGAGGAUGGUUAAGUUAUCAAAUGCUGAAUAAAAUGGUUUCUUUCCAGCUAUUUUUACGGGGUCACCUUAGUCCCGUCUUUUUAUUCAGGUAAAUACAGUAUCUUCUUUAAGCUUUUCAUGUUGAAAUGGUGAGGAUGAACCAACGAUGUCACACUGCUGAUAUUAAUAGUCUUGCCAUUCCAUGGCCAGCUGAAGAGUUUCUCCUUUUGAUGCAAGAAACCAAUGCUGUAUAUACAGAAAUCUGUGGUGACCAAUAAAUUCUUGGAACGUUGUUCUCAGGCAGUGGUUGAUGGGUUGUGAGCUGCAUCUUCAUAAUUUUACAAAGUCCAAAACAAUUCUUGGAGUAUCAUCUGUAAUUCCUAAGAGGUUUUUUCUUGUUUGUUAGAGUACACACAUCAGAACUGUCGAGCCAGGCAGUAUCUUUUAGAAACUGGAGAGAAUGUCUUAGCACAUGUACUGCUACAUUAAAAACAAACAUAAUACAUUGACAAA